AUGGCCCUGCCAUCGUUUCUCUUCGCUAGUAGCAUCCUCAAAGCGUCCUCGACCGGCUCCUCCAUGAUUUCCAUCACAGACGACGUCGUGUCCAACGUCCGGCGCUUCCGACGGCGCAUCAGCUCAGGUGAUCAGCGAGACACUGUCCCGGCAACGCCGCCGCCAUACCCCACCCGCCAUCAGUUUUAG